AUGAAGUUUUUCCAAUCGGAUUACGAAUUCAACUACCCCUGGGACCAAGUCACUGCAGCUAACUGGCAGAAAUAUCCCAAUGAGCUCUCCACACAUGUCAUUUCAGUCGAUAUUUUGAACCGGUCCGUAGUUGAUAACCAUAUACUACGAACUGAGAGAUUGAUUGGAUGUAAACAGUCAAUUCCUAAAUGGCUUUCUUUUGUUGUUGGAGGUGCGUCAAUUAGUUAUGUGCGGGAAGUUUCCGAAAUUGACUUGAACAACAAAUCAUUAGUGAUGAAGUCAAUGAACCUCACCAUGAACCACUUGUUAUUGGUGAAGGAGACCGUGAUUUACAAACCAGACUUGCAAUUACCUGAACACAAGACCACAUUCAAUCAAAGUGCUGAGAUCACGGCGUUUGCCUCCAUCACCAAGCUCUGUGACAAAUUGGAGGAUUGGUCAAUCGAAAGGUUUGGCCAAAAUGCCUCCAAGGGCAAACUAGCUUUUGAUGGUGUUUUGAACAACCUCACAAAGAAAUGGGAAGAGACUGGUGUUUUCAAGUAG